UGGGGAGGAAGUAGCCAAGAGCCUUUUAAGCCAAACAGCUGGGGGCAGGGCCGACGAGGGUGUGCCCCAGAUGUUGGUGGUUAUGGGUGCUGGGCCGUCCACUGAUGAUACUGGUGCCGGUGACCGGGCCCUUAAGAGGGCCAGCGUUAUCACAUUCGGCGUGGCGAUUGGUGACACGGCCAGUGCAGAUCUGGAAGCAGUUGCUACAGAUAAAAGUUUUGUCCUGUCAGCCCCUGAUUUCAGAACAGUGGCGAGCACGGGUGACCAGCUGCUCCCAUUCAUUAACGGGGUGGUCCAGCGCACCAUUAUAGUUCAGAACGAGUUCACAGAAGUCUUGGCAGUUGGACCCCGAGACAUCAUUUUCCUCAUCGACAGUACAAUGGGUGCAACGCUUAUCAACUCUGUGCGAGAAUUCAUCAAGCGUUUCGUCAACAUCAUGCCAAUUGGUCCAGAUGGAGUUCAAGUGGGUGUGGCCCAGUUCAGCAAUAUCCCUCGACUUGAGAUGGAUCUCAACUCUUAUGGAUCCAGGGAGGAAUUAACUGCUGCUUUGGGCUCUAUCAAACCGAGACCGGGACAGACAGUCAACAUUGGAGCAGCCUUGGACUUUGUGCGGACGAAUAUGCUGCGACCUGAGAAAGGCAGUCGUAUUCAACAGAGGGUACCCCAGGUUUUACUGUUGAUGACCAGUAAAAAGUCAAGUGACAGUGUGGAAGCACCUGCUAUAGCCCUGCAGCAACUGGGAGUAUUGACUCUAGCUGCGGGUUCCAAGACUGCGACGGAGAACGAGCUGCAGCAGAUUGCCUUUGAUGACACUGUUGCGUUCUAUUUGAAAGACUUCCGCUCACUGCUUCACUACCCAAAGGCAAUUGUCGAUGCACUCUCCACUAUAGCUGGGGUGGUGGUGACUGGAGGACCCACUGAGCCAGUGAUGGAGAUAACCACAGUGCAGACUCAAAAAGUGGUUCGAGACAUUGUCUUCCUUGUGGAUGGAUCAAACUACGUUGGCAGCAGUAACUUUCCCUAUGUGAGAGCUUUCAUCCUCAACGUGGUCAACCAGCUGGAUGUACGUCCUGACAGAGUCAGGAUUGGUCUCCUGCAGUUUGCUGAGAGCCAAAAUAUUGAAUUUCAUCUGAACAGCUACAGUAGCAGGCAAGAUGUUGUGAAUAAAAUCUCUCAACUCAGGCUGACUGGAGGCUCAGUUUUGAAUACAGGAGCUGCCAUGAAUUAUGCCCUUGCCAACAUGUUCCAGCCAUCAACUGGGUCACGUAGGAAGCAGGGAGUCCAGCAGGUGUUGGUUCUGAUCACAGGUGGUCCAGUCCAGGAUCAGGCUAAAAACGCAGCUGACAAAUUGGCUCUUGCUGGUGUUUUGACCUUCACAGUCAGUUCUGGGCAAGCAGAUGAAGCCCUAAUGAGAACAGUUGCCUUUGUUGAAGAUUUGGCUUACCAUGAAACAAGCUUCUCAAAUUUGCCAGCUCUGGCUGAACAAAUAAUGCCAAAGUUGAUAACAGUGGUUGGUGAUACAGAUGUGACAGAAACAACAUUCCCUGUGGAAACUGUCUUGGCAGUUGGACCACGAGACAUCAUUUUCCUCAUCGACAGUACAAUGGGUGCAACGCUUAUCAACUCUGUGCGAGAAUUCAUCAAGCGUUUCGUCAACAUCAUGCCAAUUGGUCCAGAUGGAGUUCAAGUGGGCGUGGCCCAGUUCAGCAAUAUCCCUCGACUUGAGAUGGAUCUCAACUCCUAUGGAUCCAGGGAGGAAUUAACUGCUGCUUUGGGCUCUAUCAAACCGAGACCGGGACAGACAGUCAACAUUGGAGCAGCCUUGGACUUUGUGCGGACGAAUAUGCUGCGGCCUGAGAAAGGCAGUCGUAUUCAACAGGGGGUACCCCAGGUUUUACUGUUGAUGACCAGUAAAAAGUCAAGUGACAGUGUGGAAGCACCUGCUAUAGCCCUGCAGCGACUGGGAGUAUUGACUCUAGCUGCGGGUUCCAAGACUGCGACGGAGAACGAGCUGCGGCAGAUUGCCUUUGCUGACAGUGUUGCGUUCUAUUUGAAAGACUUCCGCUCACUGCUUCGCUACCCAAAGGCAACUGUCGAUGCGCUCUCCACUCUAGCUGGGGUGGUGGUGACUGAAGGACCCACUGAGCCAGUGAUGGAGAUAACCACAGUGCAGACUCAAAAAGUGGUUCGAGACAUUGUCUUCCUUGUGGAUGGAUCAAACUACGUUGGCAGCAGUAACUUUUCCUAUGUGAGAGCUUUCAUCCUCAACGUGGUCAACCAGCUGGAUGUACGUCCUGACAGAGUCAGGAUUGGUCUCCUGCAGUUUGCUGAGAGCCAAAAUAUUGAAUUUCAUCUGAACAGCUACAGUAGCAGGCAAGAUGUUGUGAAUAAAAUCUCUCAACUCAGGCUGACUGGAGGCUCAGUUUUGAAUACAGGAGCUGCCAUGAAUUAUGCCCUUGCCAACAUGUUCCAGCCAUCAACUGGGUCACGUAGGAAGCAGGGAGUCCAGCAGGUGUUGGUUCUGAUCACAGGUGGUCCAGUCCAGGAUCAGGCUAAAAACACAGCUGACAAAUUGGCUCUUGCUGGUGUUUUGACCUUCACAGUCAGUUCUGGGCAAGCAGAUGAAGCCCUAAUGAGAACAGUUGCCUUUGUUGAAGAUUUGGCUUACCAUGAAACAAGCUUCUCAAAUUUGCCAGCUCUGGCUGAACAAAUAAUGCCAAAGUUGAUAACAGUGGUUGGUGAUACAGAUGUGACACAAACAAUUCCUGAGGAAACUGAUGUUGUUGCUGGAGCUGAAAGAGAUGUUGCCUUUCUCAUUGAUGGCACAGAAAAUGUCAGAAGAGAUUUUGCCUACAUCUGAGAUUUUAUCGUUAAAGUCUUUGAACCAGUUGAUAUUGGAAGUGUAUUUUCUGCCUUUGCAUCCAAAGCCAAACUAUUUUUAAAUAUGUAAAUGUAAAUGUAAAUGAGUGUUUGUCACUUGUGGUAAAAAAAAACUGAACAAGACCGGUGUGCAGACAAGAAAGGGUUGCUCUGGGUUUUUUUUACGGAGCAGCCACAAACACAAUAUAAUCAUCACAGUCAAAAUGUCACCAGCUUUCAAUAGUAGGCCCUUUAUGUAGCCAGCAGCCUGCUGCAGGUUAUUGAAUGUCGAACAGCUCGACUCACAGCGUGUAACCGCCCUUCCACUAACAUCCAGUCAUAUCUCUGAGCUUCUUUCUGCUUCAUAUAGUCAGUCACUGGUUGACUCUUGUGCACACACUUACUUGCUGAGACUUCUUGAGGAAAUGGGACAACGGGGACUCAAAGCGGUGUUAGCAGGAGAUACUAAACACUGGGGAGACGCUGCUUCACUGUUUACAAAGCUUUCAAAUGUCUGUAAGGAAACAUAAAGAAUUGUAAUCUUUGUGCAAUAAAUGUUCAAGCCA